CCCCCCCCCCUCCAGCCUCUGUACCUGACAGCAAAAGUCGAAUCUUUAAUUGUAUUCCGUUGAAAUUUCUCUCCUCCUCAAAUUUUUUUUGGGGGUGGUGAUUUUAGCUAACAGUAGUGUCAUUUAAAGCUAAAGCUUAGCCUGCACUUGUUUGGUCUGUUUGUAUUCUCAAUCUCUCUCACAACUCUAUCAAUCAUUGUGGUCUGCAAGUUCUUGGGGAAGAAGAAUCUGAAGAAAUGUGUUUGAUUUCUCAAGAAUCUAUCAAUGAGUUCGGGAAAUUGAUGGAAAAAGUGGAUGAACCACUCAAGAGGACAUUCCAGAAUAUUCAUCAAGGGAAUCCACACGAAACUCUAGAACGCUUCCUAUCUGCAAGAGAAGGAAAUGUUUCUAAGGCUCACCAGAUGUUGCUGGAUAGCCUCAAGUGGAGGGUUCAAAAUGAGAUUGAUGAUAUUUUAGCGAAACCGAUAGUUCCUGCUGAUCUUUACAGAGACGUACGUGAUUCGCAUCUUGUUGGACUGUCUGGUUACACGAGAGAGGGCCUUCCGGUGUUCGCUUUUGGUGUGGGUCUCAGCACAUUUGACAAAGCAUCGGACAAUUACUAUGUGCAGUCUCACAUUCAGAUGAAUGAGUAUAGGGACCGUGUAGUUCUGCCCUCUGCAUCCAAGAAGCAUGGGACACAGAUUAGCAAAUGCAUCAAGGUUUUGGAUAUGUCUGGCCUGAAACUUUCAGCUCUGAGCCAAAUAAAGUUAGGCACUCUGAUAACAUCCAUUGAUGACCUGAAUUAUCCAGAGAGGACAAUUACAUACUACAUUGUUAAUGCACCAUAUGUUUUUUCGGCUUGUUGGAAGGUCGUCAGACCUCUCCUCCACGAGAGAACGAGGAAAAAAGUUCGCGUGUUAUCAGGCUCUGGACAAGAUGAGUUAUUGAAGAUAAUGGAGUAUUCCUCUCUUCCUCACUUUUGCCGUAGAAAAGGCUCCGGAUCAUCCAGGUACACCGAAGGGGCGGGCGAUAAUUGCUUCUCUUUGGACCAUCCUUUUCACCAACAACACUACAAUUACAUGAAGAAACAGUCGUUACUCCUCGAACCCCUCGGUCCGCGAAAGCAAGGCUCUUUCCAUGUUGAUUUACCCGAGACCGAAACCGAAGGAACCCAGUUUGUCAAGACUAUGGCAUCUGAGUUACAAAAGCUUGGAAACAAAAAAGAUGGCAUUUCUGACUCAUUCGAAGACCUGAAUUGAUCUGUGAGUUAAGCUCUGUACAAUUCCUCUAACAGGUCCUUUCUUCAUAAUCAUAUAGUUAUACAGUGAUACAUAAUACAUAUGACUACAUAAGACGCAACUUAUAUUUUCCGAUAAAAUGUAUACUGCAGAGUAAUAUAUAAACAUGUAAACUAACGUAUGAGUCGGAUAUUCGACUUGGCCACGUGAGUAACAUGAGAUGUGUAUGUAGGGUGUUACGUCGUUCUUGUUCAAGCUGUGAUAGCUCUUGGAGGAUAGUGUAAAGACAUUAUCGCCCGUCCAUCUCAAACUAUUGAAAUACAGACUUAAAAAGAGUAUAAGCUGGUUGAGUAGCAUAAUU